GGCUGUGCAUGUGUACGUGUGUGUGUGUGUGCUGCCAGUCAUAUAAAACCACACAUACCUUUUCUUCAGAGUUCAGACACUUGUUUUCAUCUUUGUCUGCCAGACCUGUCUCCUCCAGCUCAGCACACCAGUAAGACUACUAUACUAUGGCGACCAAGAUGGUCAUCGAUCAGCCCAAGCCGGUUGUAAUCACUCCAAGUGGGGAACAGUGGUCUAGUGGCAUCUGCGAGUGUGACAGCAUCUGUGACUGUUGCUUCGCAUUCUGGUGUUACCCCAUCUUCAACUGCAUCACAGCCAAGGACCAUGGCGAGUGUUUGUGCCUACCUCUGCUAGAGUGCUGGGGACUCAUCCCACCCAUUACCAUGGCCAUGAGAGUGUCUACCAGACUCACCUAUGGCAUCGAGGACACCAUAUGCAACGACUGCGUGUACGCCUGCUGCUGUGGUCCAUGCUCCUGGUGCCAAAUAAGGCGAGAGAUGAAGUCCCGUCACCAUCCUAUCACAAGCUUCCAGAGAAGGAAAUAAUCAUCCAUGGUCAUCAUCAUGAUUUCCUACAUCAGAGGAAUUUUAACACUUUCAGAAUCAUCCAAGAGACAACAGAGACUUUUUUGUUCAUCUUUUGCUUGGGGCUCAAGUCUGAUAUGUGUCAGUCAAAAUGCUCAUGUAUGAAGACGUUUACAUUAUGAGAAAGAAAAAUCUGUAAAAAAAAAAAAAAAUGUUCAGGGCCCCUUUGUAUUUAUAGUGAUGUGAUUAUUAUUUUAUAUUAGCAUUUCCAUAGCCAUUUUUGUCUGUGUAAUAUUUACUCAAUCAGCACUUUUGUUAACUGUUCUGGUUCUUAAACUUUGAA